AUGGCGUUGGGUGGCGGAGGGCAAUUGAGCAAAUUUCUCCACAAAUGCAUCACCAUCAACCCCCAGCCCUCAACUCCCAGCACCAGCCCCAUCCCCUGCUCCAGCACCAGCCCCAUCCCCUGCUCCAGCACCAGCCCCAUCCCCUGCUCCAGCACCAGCCCCAUCCCCUGCUCCAGCACCAGUCCCAGCCACAUCCCCGAUCCAAUCCACAGCCCCAUCCACUGUCCAGCGCAGCCCCAGCCCCAUCCACUGUCCAGCCCAGCCCCAGCCAAUGUCCAGCCCAGCCCCAGCCAAUGUCCAGCGCAGCCCCAGCCCCAGCCAAUGUCCAGCCCAGCCGCAGCCAAUGUCCAGUGCAGCCCCAGCCAAUGUCCAGCGCAGCCCCAGCCAAUGUCCAGCGCAGCCCCAGCCAAUGUCCAGCGCAGCCCCAGCCAAUGUCCAGCCCAGCCGCAGCCAAUGUCCAGCGCAGCCCCAGCCAAUGUCCAGCGCAGCCCCAGCCAAUGUCCAGCGCAGCCCCAGCCAAUGUCCAGCGCAGCCCCAGCCAAUGUCCAGCGCAGCCCCAGCCAAUGUCCAGCGCAGCCCCAGCCAAUGUCCAGCGCAGCCCCAGCCAUAGCGAUACCACUGGAGACGUAG